AUGACGACACACUUCCUGACCCGCUGCUGUGUGGCUCCGCCCACUGGACACUCCGGUCCAUCCCGUCCAUACCCGGGGUUCUCUCCUUUCAGUCAUCCGCGGCCACAGAAAGCCUUAUACCGGAGCAUCAUGCCUGUGAAGAUCCACAUGAACAGCCCUCACGUGCACUACACAGACUCACACAUAGAGGCGGACUAUGCCUACCAGAGCUCAGCAGUCCACACAGACGGAGACCACAUCACGGUGACUCCACGCAACACCCAGAUGAGGUUCCGGACCGAGAGCCACGUGCCCCGGCUCGGAGUCAUGCUGGUGGGCUGGGGGGGCAACAAUGGCACCACUGUCACUGCUGCUGUACUCGCCAACAAACUGCAGCUCCAGUGGAGGACCAAGACCGGAGUCCAGAAGGCAAACUACUAUGGCUCUCUGCUGCAGUGCUCUACUGUGUGUUUGGGGUCAGGUCCAGAGGGAGACGUCAACAUUCCCUUCUGUGAUAUGUUACCUAUGGUGCACCCCAACGAUAUCGUCUUUGAUGGCUGGGACAUUUCCUCCCUGGACCUGGGCGGGGCGAUGGAGCGAGCCCAGGUGCUGGACUGGGCUUUACAAGAGCAGCUCCGUCCACACAUGAGCCGCAUGAAACCCCGGAAGUCUGUUUAUAUCCCAGACUUCAUCGCAGCCAACCAGCAGAGCCGGGCCGACAAUGUCCUGACUGGAACUAUGGCCGAGCAGAUGGCGCAGAUACGAGCUGACAUGAGGGAGUUCCGGAGCUGCAGCGGUGUGGACAAAGUCAUUGUGCUGUGGACCGCAAACACUGAGCGCUUCUGCGACAUCACUGCAGGGAUUAAUGACACGGCUGACAAUCUGCUGGCUGCUAUUCAGGCUGGAGCAGAGGUCUCCCCCUCUACGCUGUUCGCUGUGGCCAGUGUCCUGGAGGGAUGCGCCUUCAUCAACGGCUCCCCACAGAACACCUUUGUCCCCGGGGCCGUGGAGCUGGCCGUGCAGAGGGGAGUCUUCAUCGCUGGAGAUGACUUUAAAUCAGGACAGACCAAGAUCAAGUCAGUUCUGGUGGACUUCCUGGUCAGCGCUGGCAUCAAGCCCACUUCUAUCGUCAGCUACAAUCACCUGGGCAACAACGACGGCAAGAACCUGUCGGCGCCACAGCAGUUCCGCUCAAAAGAGAUCUCCAAGAGCAACGUGGUGGACGACAUGGUGCAGUCCAACCCAGUCCUGUACCGGCCCGGAGAGAAGCCCGACCACUGUGUGGUGAUAAAGUACGUCCCGUGUGUGGGGGACAGCAAGCGGGCCAUGGACGAGUACACGUCUGAGAUCAUGAUGGGAGGAACCAACACUAUAGCAAUGCACAACACCUGCGAGGACUCGUUACUGGCCAGCCCCAUCAUCCUGGACCUGGUGAUUCUGACGGAGCUGUGCCAGCGUGUGAGUGUGCGUGUGGAGGGAGAGCAGGAGUACCAGUCCUUCCACAGUGUCCUGGCUCUACUCGCACUCCUCUGCAAGGCCCCACUCGUACCAGCAGGGGCGCCGGUGAUCAACGCGUUCUUCCGGCAGCGAGCGUGCAUCGAAAACAUCCUCAGAGCGUGUCUUGGACUGCCACCACAAAACCACAUGUUGCUGGAGCACAAGUUGCAGAGAGGCUUUUUCCCUCAGAAAAAGGAGCAGUUGCAUCAUGUUAACGGGAAUGGAACGUCUCACUGUGUCAACGGAGAGGCACACACCAACGGAUACUGCUAG